AAGAGCAGAGGAUGUAUUGAUAUAUUGAUCAGAUCUGUUUGAUAGUUUAUUAUAAGUUUGAUGAUGACAAACACAAAUCAACUCAACGCAGAAACCAAACACUCAUCUUCAUCAUGAGGAGAUUCACACCUGAAACUCUUCAUCUUCAUGAGCUGCUCGGCCAGUUUCAGCCUCCUCGUCUCUCCUCUACUGGAAGGUUAAAGGUCAGAUGAACAUAAUGACCUCACAAUGGACGUGAUGGAGGAUAAAAUCUAGGUUGUUUCCACUGACUGAGGCGGUUUCUUGUUUUUCUGUCUUCAGCCUGUUUAGCAACAGUCUAUAAAUAUCAGAUUGGAUGGAAAAGGGAAGUAAGAUGACGGAGUCGUCUGUCUGACUCGCGUCUGUCUGUCUGUCUGAAGGGGAAACAUGCUGCCGCUCCGUCUCUACAGCUUCACCUGCGUCUGCGUCCUCACAGUGCCGGCCUGCGUGUCGGUGGUCACCUCGGAGACGGUGGUGGGCGUGGCCGGGCAGAGCGUGACGUUGCCGUGCCGCUCAGAGGCGAUGAGGCAGAGAGGAGUCGGGUUGUGCUGGGGGAGGGGAGAGCCGACGCUGUUCACCUGCCACGACAUUCUGAUCAAGACGGCUGGAGAUCAGGUCACAUACAGGAAGUCGGACAGGUACUCCGUCUCCUCCUCGCCGUCCGGUGGCGUCUCCUCUCUGUCCAUCUUAAACUCUCAACCGUCAGAUUCUGGUUUCUAUCACUGCAGAGUCGAGCGUCCCGGCCUCUUCAACGACCAAAUACUCCACGUUCACCUCAUCAUCAUCAGCCGUCGCUCCGAUGUCUCCGACUGGCCAGCGACACAAACCUCUGAGCUGUCAGGAGACGGCGACGCUGGGGACCUGAACGCACCACCAACUACAACAGCAGGUUCCAGCAGAGGAGACGAGCCGGCGGAGAGAGGAAGUGAUGUCACAGGAGACGACACCACGGGGCCAAUGGUGGCGCCGGUCCAGUCACCUGUUCAGCAAGUAAACAGUCUGCAGAUCUUCAUCGGACACACACUCAGACUGUCCUUCAUCAUCUUCAUACCUGCACUGAUGCUGACAGCUGCUUACAGAGUCUGGAGGUCCAAUCAGAGAGCAGCGGCUGACGGGAAGCUGAACCAAUCAGAGAUGGAGGACAGUUCUGUGUAGAAACAGACAGGAAACAGCUUUAUACUAAUGUGAACUUCCUGCUGUCAUGAAGCCUCUUUUCUGAGGCUGAAUGUUUGAAGUCUGUUUUUCCUGCAAAAUAAUCAAAUAAUCCAAACACUUUGUCUGUCAUGUGGACAAUUAACGCAAUAAAAGUCGGUAAUUAAUAAAUAAA